AAAAGCUUAUAUAAAUCCUAAUUGAGGUGGGAUUAAUUAAAAGUUAAAAGAUAAAUCCUAAUUGAGGUGAGAUUGAAAAGCUAAAAAAAUAAAUCCUAAUUGAAGUGGGAUUAAUUGUGGGGCUUAUAUAUAAUCUUAGCUCAGUUGAGUGAAAUUAUAUCUAUUCAAGAAGCAAGCUUAAAAUUAAUUUUAAAGUCGGCACUCAACAGAGACAAUAACCAAACACUACAAAAUAGAGAAAGAAGAGAUUAUUGUGAUUAACUAUGUCGAUUUCUAGCAAUAAGUCGGUCGUUGUGAGACAAGUUUUUGCUGAAGAUUUGGACAGUGAACUUUUGAUGAUUAAGACAGCAAUUCUGAGGUAUCCUUUUGUAUCUAUAGAUACUGAAUUUCCGGGGACGAUAUUUAAACCCAGUAAGCAAGUGAUCCGUGAAGGCAAUCCGAUUAUCAAUUAUCACUAUAUGAAGUUGAAUGUUGACGCACUUCAAGUUAUUCAGCUCGGCUUGAGUCUUUCAGAUGCUCAGGGUAAUUUACCGAACUUUGAUUCUCCCUUUUCUUACGUUUGGGAAUUUAAUUUUAGAGAUUUCGAUAUCAACCGAGACUGCUAUGCUAGCGAUUCGAUCGAACUACUCAAACGUCAAGGGAUAGAUUUUGAGAAGAAUAAAGAGAAAGGGAUUGAUUCUAAAGAUUUUGCAAAGAAGUUUUGGGAUUACGGCUUGCUUUUCAACUGCUAUGGUCUGAAAAGUAUUACCUGGAUUACUUUUCACGGCACUUAUGACUUCGGAUUCAUGCUAAAGAUUCUUACUCAAAGUCCACUGCCUUUGCAUCUUCACUCAUUCAUGCAUCAAUUGGCUUAUUUCUUUGGCUACAACAUUUUCGACCUCAAAUACACCUUCAAGUUCUUGGGACUGCUAGGCGGUUUAGAGAAAAUAGCUCAAACAUUAAACGUGGCUCGUAUUACCGGAUCAAGUCAUCAAGCCGGGUCGGACAGUCUACUCACGCUUCAAUGUUUUAUGAAGCUCAAGAGUGAGAAUAUUUUUGAAUCUAAGUGGAACGAGACAAAUCAAAUGUUGCUGCCUCCCCUAGCAUUAUAUGGACUAGUUCAAACCGAAGUACUGGGGUUCUUGGACUACUGGGGUUUGAUUAACUUUCAUCCAGUUGAUUCUGCGGUGGUCAGUCCUGGUGAUGAUGGUGACGGGAUAGGAUUCUUUGCUUGA